UUCGAGCUUUUUCUUUUACAUCUUUGUACAGGAAGAAGGAGCAGAUAGAUAAAGAAGGUAGCCAUGGUAGUAGGAAACAAAUUACAGGUGCUUGACGCGCUUGAUGUAGCCAAAACACAAUGGUACCACUUCACUGCUAUCAUUAUAGCUGGGAUGGGCUUCUUCACUGAUGCAUAUGAUCUCUUCUGCAUAUCUCUCGUUACCAAAUUGCUUGGCCGCAUAUACUACCAUGUUGAUGGCGCUAAGAGCCCCGGAUCAUUGCCCCCCAAUGUAUCGGCAGCCGUUAAUGGUGUAGCGUUCUGCGGAACGCUAGCAGGCCAGCUCUUUUUCGGUUGGCUUGGUGAUAAGCUAGGCCGAAAGAAGGUCUACGGUAUGACUCUCAUGCUCAUGGUCAUAUGCUCUAUAGCAUCAGGUCUAUCUUUUAGCAGUAACCCUAAAGCAGUGAUGGCAACCCUUUGCUUCUUCCGGUUCUGGCUCGGCUUUGGCAUCGGUGGUGAUUAUCCACUUUCCGCCACCAUCAUGUCCGAAUAUGCCAACAAAAAGACUCGCGGAGCUUUCAUUGCGGCAGUGUUUGCGAUGCAAGGAUUCGGAAUUUUAGGAGGUGGCAUCUUUGCUAUUAUUAUAUCCGCUGCAUUCAUGGCCUCGUUUCACGCGCCACCCUACGAGGUCGAUCCUGUGGGCUCUACUGUUCCAGAAGCAGACUAUGUUUGGCGUAUUGUUUUGAUGGUUGGAGCACUCCCAGCGGCGCUUACCUACUACUGGAGGCUGAAGAUGCCAGAAACCGCUCGUUACACCGCCCUUGUUGCUAAGAACGCUAAGCAAGCUGCAUCUGACAUGUCAAAAGUUUUGCAGAUGGACAUUGAGGCGGAGCCCCAGAAGAUUGAGCAAGAGAAAAUCCGAUAUGGCUUGUUUUCCAAGGAGUUUGCCAAACGCCAUGGACUUCACCUGCUUGGGACAACCACCACUUGGUUCUUGCUUGACAUUGCAUUCUACAGCCAAAACUUGUUCCAAAAGGAUAUUUUUAGCGCCAUUGGCUGGAUUCCAUCUGCCAAGACCAUGAAUGCCCUUGAAGAAGUUUACAAAAUUGCAAGGGCACAAACACUGAUUGCUCUUUGCAGCACCGUUCCAGGCUACUGGUUCACAGUGGCUUUCAUUGAUAUUAUGGGAAGAUUUGCCAUCCAAUUGAUGGGCUUCUUCUUCAUGACGGUGUUCAUGUUUGCACUGGCCAUCCCUUACGACCACUGGAUUCAUAAGGACAACCGAAUUGGCUUCGUUGUUAUGUACUCAUUGACCUUCUUCUUCGCGAAUUUCGGACCCAAUGCUACAACAUUUGUGGUACCGGCUGAGAUUUUCCCUGCAAGGUUGAGGUCCACUUGCCAUGGUAUAUCAGCAGCUGCAGGAAAGCUUGGUGCUAUGGUUGGUGCAUUUGGAUUCUUGUAUUUGGCGCAGAAUAAGGAUAAGGCCAAGGCAGAUGCAGGGUACCCUGCUGGUAUUGGAGUCAAGAAUUCACUUAUAGUAUUAGGUGUAAUCAAUGCAUUGGGCUUCCUCUUCACUUUCUUGGUGCCUGAAUCGAAAGGGAAAUCUUUAGAAGAGAUGUCAGGCGAGAACGAAGAUAAUGGAGAGGGAGAAGCCGGGGCAUCGUCAUCAUCAUCAUCUAAUCACUAA